CCUGUCCUUUCCUCCUCUCUGUGGUUGCUUUGGGACACCUCGCACGUCUCGGUCUCUUCUUGCGCAAUCAACACUCUCCCAAGGUGACAUCCAACAAAUGUUCGCUUCGAUUAGCUCGUGGUGGGGGGGCUCUGGCUCGUCCACACCCGCCGUACAGGACAAGCCGUACGACCCCACAGACCCGAAGCAGAACCCGCUCAACCCUGAAGGCCUGAAACCGUGCUGCGCGUGCCCGCAGACGAAGUCGGCGCGGGACGACUGCUUCCUGAGCGCGGACGCGUCGGAGGCGGACGAGAAGUGCAAGGAGCUCGUGCAGAGGCACAUUGCGUGCAUGCGCAGUCUCGGCUUCAAGCUCUAGAUGUCGGGAGUGUCAAGGGACAUCUGCCUGCAACUGCGAACACAUUGUGGUCUGUGCUUCAUCCACGCUGUAUCCUACCUAAUGUGUAAUCUUUGCGCGCCUCACCAUCACCGCUUUAUCACGCUAUCCCAGC